AUGAAGGGAGCUUGGGCCUUGACCGUCGCGGCCAUCUUGUUGCCGUUGGCUCUAGCUGAUGGACGGCGUCUUCGAUCGAACCACGAUGACGUUGUGUUGCGACAGCACCUCGGUCGUUCGAUUUUUCGCACGCCGCAGAGAAAACUCUCCACCGAGACCGAUCCCAUGCGCAGGUUCUUUGGUGACCUUGUUUUGAACAUGCCCGACUUGGAGGCCACGCAGGGAACCAUCCUCGGGCCACUACAUCUCAAUCUGACAGAUUUCUUUUGCUUCGACUUUGAAUUCGACGAGAUACUCAUCAAUCUACUCGAGGGUGACUCCGAAGAAGAACCAGAUUCCUUUCAACUGGAAGUUACCGAUUUGCUCUUCAGCUGCACUAUGAAUGUUUCGUGGGGCUACGGAAAUAACGGUGGCCAAGGCGCUGCAUCUGUGAUUAGCGACAAGAAUUAUCUGAAAGCAGUCGUGUCGAGAGAUCCCGCGGCUGAGGUUACCGAAGACAACUGCAAACGAAGCAAAAUUGACAUUGAUACACUCGAGUUCAAUGGAGAUCUUUCACUGCAGGUUAUGAAUUUGUACAGAGGUUUCAUUCGGAGGAUAGUUGAAAAUAAAGCCGAGGAAAAAUCUUGCGGGAUCAUGACCUUCAUACUAGAACUCGCCGUCGGGUUGGCGGAUGGUGUGUUGGACGAGAUCGAUAAUGCCGCCAUCCCUGAACGGGCUGAUCCGCUUUAUCUGGAACACGAAUUCAUCAAUCCAGGUAACGCCAGCAUCGUCAGUCUUGAGGGUGAUGAACUAGCAGGGGAUCUACUGGGCAUGGCAUUGCGAAACCUGAACUCUUUCUACGCAGAAAGGAAACCUGACCCAACGGCAUCCACCGGAGAUGGUAUGGACUAUGGUUUCAACGCGGUUGUGAGAGGCAACUUUACGAAUGAAGAUUCUGUCUUCGCCUCUUCGCAAAAUGAAAUGACAGUCAACUUGUCCACCACGCUUGUGGAUCUCCGCAUCAACUUGACAAACAUUCGAAUUCAUGGGCUGGACACCGCUGUCGUGACUCCUGCUACUGUGAUUGGAACUUCAACGAUGCAGACGCAUUUCAGUUGGACCAACUUGACAAUUGAAGUUGACUUGAUCGGCUCAGUCAGUGCAUCAACCCAUGCUGAUGGCUUCAUUGUCAACGCGCACGAGGUUGAACCGCUGGUGGAAUCUAUGACAGCAGCCAUCCGCGUCGACAGCAUAAAUGCCACCGUUUCUCUGUUUGUGCCACUAGAUCGUGCCGAGGUGGACGAUUUGACACUUGGACACGUCAUUCAUUGGCAAGAUCUUCCACCUUGUAUUCCAGAGGUACUGUUCGGCGUGGUCGUGUCACAACUGGAUGUUACAGUUGGUGAUAUUCAUGAACCCGUGGUCCAGGGAAUUGAAUCCAAUGUGAUCCAACGAAUAGCGCAAAAAGGCGUUCAAAUAGGUCUUGUGAGCUACGAAAACAGGAUCAUCGAAGUCAUCCCGGACUUCUUUCAGUCGACAAUGUGGGAUGCAGUCGACGAUAUUCUCCAAGAACACCACUGCCCGAACGAAACUGUGGACAGCGUCAGUGCCAGCAGGGGCAGUGACCAAGGCAGCAGGAGGCUGACUGAAGAAGAAGAAGAAGAAGAAGAAGAAGAUUUUGUGCGACCAACAGGAGCUGACCUUUACGUCAAUAUCAUCUGUGCUUUCGUUUGUGUUUGUACAGCCGCCCUUGCUGCUGGGCUGACGAUGGGUCUCCUUUCACUAGACGAACUCAUGUUGCUAAUCAAAGAACGAGCCGGUGCCACCGAAGAGGAGCGAAAAGCGGCGGCAAACUUGCUGCCAAUCGUGAGGCAGCAUCACUUACUCCUGGUCAGCCUUCUUCUCAUGAAUGCCCUCGCGAAUGAGGCAUUACCAUUGUUCCUGGACAAGCUUGUUGGAGGAUAUGCGGCUGUUGUCAUAUCAGUUACUUUGGUAUUGUUCUUUGGUGAAAUUAUCCCCACGGCUCUGUUUACUGGACCCAAUCAAGUCAAGCUAGCAUCGAGUUUGGCUCCAAUUGUGCGCACAGUGAUGUUCGUACUUUCUCCUGUUGCGUGGCCUAUUGCGAAGAUACUCGACCGUGUGCUUGCUGACGAGCAUGACAGCGGAUAUAAUCGAGGCGAACUGACUGCCCUCGUCCGAAUUCAGUAUGAGGAGCACUUGGCUAGUAAGAGAAAGCGAAAGAGCAACCUGAAACAGGCCAUCAAAGAGUUCGAGUCCAUGGAAAGCUUGGACACGUACACAUCCCAGAGAAGCUCAGGCAGAAAGGUCCAUCCAGAAAUCAGGAACACUCUCCGUGCAGUGAAGCGUCAAUUUUCGCGUCGCCAAUUAAUGGAGUCGGAUGAGCUUCACGUCGACGAAGUAACCAUGGUCGAGGGAGCACUACAAAUGGGAACCACCAAUGCUGGUGAGGUAUACACCCCAUGGAGUCAAGUGUUCGCCAUUCCUUCUGAUAUGAUUCUGAACGAGAGAAAUGCUGUGAAGAUCUACCGAAGCGGAUUCAGCCGCAUCCCAAUUUACCGGAAAUCUGAUGAGGACGCUGACGACAAUACGAGAGUCUUUGGAAUCUUAUCUACUAAGCGGCUGAUUGUGGUGGAUAGUCAGGACCAGCGAGAGGUCGCGACACUGCCCCUUACUAUUCCGCGUUGUGUUUCACCUCACACGUCCCUAGUUGAUCUUAUCAAUAUUUUUCAAGAGGGUGGAGUCAGGUGUUCCCACAUGGCUCUGGUGUGCACGAGGCCUGAAGAGGCUAUGGCAGCACUCAAGAAGCGUGAACCUGUACCUGAUGAAGCAGGACUCAUGGGAGUCGUCACUCUUGAGGACGUUCUGGAAACCUUGAUUCAAGAGGAAAUCUACGACGAGUACGAUAGACAAGAACGAAAGAAGUUUGAGCUUGCUCGCUGGGGCUUUCAGCGCUGGAGAAGAUUUGUUAGAAACAGGAAGAAACGCCGCGGAGAAUUGAACUACUCAUCCAUAACAUCUGGUGAACCCAAUAUUGUGCGCGUUGUCGAGGAAGGAGCAGGCAAAGAAGAGCCUUCGGAGACAACGACGCUUCUGGAUAGAUUGAACCCGUUCAGCUAG